CCUUGCCCUGCCAUUGACGUUGUUUGGGUGCUGUGUGUAGAGAUUUUCAUGUAUCCGUACUGACUCAUGGCAAAUGUUGUUUCAGUCACAGAUUCAGUGUCUGACGUGUUACUAAAGUGAACGCAACGUGCAAGGAGUUGUAACGCAACAACAUUCUUCGCUCGCUCAGUGACCAAAAAAAUAUACCUACAAGAAGAAAAAUAUUUUCUUUAUAAAAACACAGUUUUUCCUACGGCAUAACCGCAACGUUAAGAAAAUACAAAUCGCAAUGAAAAAUUAAAGAGACAUUAAAAAAUCAAAAAUAUUUAUCAAAAGAGAAUAAAAAUAAUAUUGAUAAAUAUUUGAAAAUUAUAAAGUGAAAAUAAAUUUUGAAAAAAAAAAAUUUUCCGAAAUUAAAGAACAUUAAAAUUGUUACUUUCUGAAAAUCAAAAACGUAAAGAAAUCGUAAAAUUUAUUUGAACAGAAACUAGUACGAAUCUUCAAGAUUUUAAAACAAACAGUGUGGGCAAUUAAACAUUUCAAAAUAAAAUCAAGUUUAAUAAUGUUGAAAAACACAACUAAAAAUUAGAAAAUAUUAAAAAAUUUCUUUUCACCAAAUUUCGAUCAACUAUUCGAAAACAUAACCAAAAGCAACUACAACAACUCUGCCAUCAUGCAUACCCUGUUCACCGAUCAAAAUUCAUUUUCCCGCCACUACGCCCAAACCGCCGGCUAUCCUUCCACUGCAGCAGCCGCCGCCACAGCCGGAGCCAUGACCACAGCAUCGGCUGCCGCUGCAGCCCAUUAUGCCUAUGAUCAGUAUUCCCGUUAUUCCUAUCCAGCAUCGGCCUACGGCCUGGGGGCUCCUCAUCAAAAUAAGGAAAUCGUUAAACCACCAUAUUCCUAUAUUGCCCUAAUUGCCAUGGCCAUACAGAAUUCCGCCGACAAAAAGGUGACAUUGAACGGCAUCUAUCAGUACAUCAUGGAACGAUUCCCCUACUAUCGGGACAACAAACAAGGUUGGCAAAAUUCCAUACGCCACAAUCUCAGCCUUAACGAGUGCUUUGUGAAAGUGGCCCGCGAUGAUAAAAAACCUGGCAAGGGUUCGUAUUGGACUCUGGAUCCCGAUUCCUAUAAUAUGUUCGAUAAUGGUUCAUUCCUGAGGAGACGUCGUCGUUUCAAGAAAAAGGAUGUGCUGCGCGAAAAGGAAGAAGCCAUGAAACGCCAGGCCAUGAUGAAUGAAAAAUUAGCUGAAAUUAAGCCGCUGAAAAUUAUGACUGCCAAUGGGUUGAUUGAUGCCAAACAUAUGGCCCAUGCCCAUGUGGCUCAUCAUGCUGCGGCAGCCCAUCAUGUCGCCGCUGCCCACCAUUUUAAAAAGGAACCUUUGAGCAUGGAUUUGGGCUGUCUCACAGGCAAGGAUGGCAUGGCUGCCGGUUUGAGUGUCCUUAAUUCCUGUCACGACAGUUUGGCUCAAAUGAAUCAUUUAACCGCUGCCGGGGCCGUGGACCAUCCUGGUUUUACCGUCGAUACCCUGAUGAAUGUCUACAACCCGCGUCUGCAUCACAGCGCCUAUUCCUAUGCACAUCAUCCAUUGAACGAUGAAAAUCUCAGUGUGGCUGCCUCGAGUCAAAUGCAUGCUCAUCAUGCCGCCGCUGCCCAUCAUGCCCAGCAACUGAGGCAUCAUCAUCAUGUGCCGCAUGGUCAUCCGCUUACACCCGGCGGUGCUAGUCACAAUGGUGUACAAUUGGGUGGCAUAAGUUCGGGUACCACUACAACCACCUCGUCGGGUAACUCGCCCACAACCAUAUCCACACCGCAUGGACCAGCCCAUGGUGGUUGGUACACUCCGGAAACACCACCGUCGGAGCCAUUGAAUAAUUCAUCUUCCGUCAAUGGUACACCCACCCAGUCGAACAAUAACAGUAACGCCAAUGGACUGGUCAAUCAAAGUGGCAACAAUGGCCACCAGCAAAAUAAUCAACAUCACCAUUCGACAGUGACCAGUAGUCCCAACUCCUUGGCUGCCGGCCAUACAUCUUUGGGUUUCCGUGACAUGAUUUUCGAACAGAAUCAAGUGUGUCACAUGGACACCGGCAGUCCGGCGGGUAGUAUCCAGUCGGCCAGUCCACCCGCUCCUGCCGCCGUCUCCAGUUCAGCUGUUUCCACAAAUGCUGCCGCUGCCGCCUUAAUCAGUUCACAUCAUCAUCACCAUCAUCAUCAUCAUGCUCUAAGCGGGAAUUUUGGCAACCUAAGUAAUCUCAGUAAUCUCUCGCACUACCGAUCCCAUGUGGGUCAUUACCAGGACUAUGGCAUUAAAUAUGGAGUUUAAGUGAAAGUUGAAAUCGCCCAGCUAAACUUCUGCAAGAGAAGUCGGGGAUUUUUGAUCUGUCGCCACAAGUUUGGGAUUUUUUUCAGAGAAAUUCUUUAAACUCUUUAGUGUGUGUGUGUGUGUAAGUAACUGCGUUUCAGACGAUGGAUGCUUAGGAAAUCCAAAGCAUUUAAAUUAUUUUGUUUUUGUAAAAAAAGAAAGCAUUUUGUAAAUAUUUGAACGAGAGUUGACAGUUAAGUCUAGUUAAGAAAUAUUAAGAUUAGCUGUGACACUUAAAAUUGUUUCAAGGCAGGAGAGAAUAUAUAAAACUAGAGUUAGAAAAACAGGGGGAGAUUGUUUGGUAUAUUUUUGAGGAUACAUAUUUUGGUGAUCAGUCAACUAUUUGUAACAUCGAAUCAAUGUUCAUUUAUUUAUUCUGAGAUUUUUAAAUUUAAUUACAAUAUUAGUUUUGCGAAAACCGGCAGACACUAUGGCAGUUAAAACAUACACAAUUAGAAAAACUAAAGUUGAACGACGAGUUUUACUAAAAAAAUGUUUAAAACAACAAUAACUCAACUUUAAUUUAAAUUCACCAAUGGUUAGCUAUUUUUCCUAUUUAAAAUACAUAACUUAUUUUAAAUACCUGACGUUUUCAAAAUUCUGUUUAAUUCGAGUUAAUAUGAAAAUCGAUUUACACUAUGAAAUUAACACAUGAUUCGAAAUCCCUUUUUUUGUUUCAAUGAAAAAUUUUCUCAAUUUAAUAAAUGGUUAUAUCUAAAUUCUUUAUUAAGCAAUAUCUGAAAUUUUAAAAUUGACAUAAACAAAAAAUAAGUAAAUCAAAGUUCGAUUAAAUGGAGUUUACAUUAAAUUGUUCUUAUGAACAUAUUUCACUUAAAUUUUUAAAUAACUAAAUUAUAAAAUAAAAUAUUUCUCCAUCGUUUCUUCUACAGACACUAUUAAGUGUAUCCUUAAAAGUUAUAUAAAUAUUCUCAACUCUUCUUGUUAUCUUCAAUCUGCCGAAAAAAUAAAUAUACAUGUUAUUUUAUAUAUUUAUUAAGUAUUCUUUGUUUUCAUUUUCUCAAUGUAUUUUUAUUAUUAUUUAAUAGUUAUUAUUAACAAAAUUCAAUGCUUCAAAUGUAUCUCAUUUUCACAAAAUAAUCACUUGAUCGCAAACUGUACAAAAAAAAAAUAAACAUUGUAAAAAUUACUAGUAACAUAAGGAAAUAAUAAUUACUACAUUAAAAAAUUAAUAAUAAUGCUAAACUCUAAAUUAAAUUAAUAUAGUUAUCAUGUUUUUUAAAUAGUUCUUUUUGUAAGAUGUAAUUUUAAUAAUAACAAUAAUUAUAGUAUAAUCAUAAAUAAUGUUAUUACAAACAAACAAAAACAACAACACCAUAAAUAAUAAUAAAAGAAAACUUUUUCGAAAUUAUUAAAAACCAAAAAAAAAGAACAAUACUUUGAACAAAUAUAUGAUAUUAGCAAAAACACUACGUGUAUGUUAAAAAAAAAUUAA